GAGAUCCGUCACAUUUCCGAAAUCGCAGGCAGGAAAUGCAAUUUUUUGAAAAUAAAUAAUAAAAUGUUAUUUUAGUUAUUAGAAAUUCAAAAUUAAAAUUGUGUGGGGCCCCGCCUUGACUAGAAACAAAAAGAAUUCACAAUUAAUUGAUUAAAAGGUAAAUGGGUGACGGUUAUCAAAGGCAUCAUGCGGGACAUGGUUUUUGCACCUCAAAAGAAGAACUUUUCUAACACUUCCUUAUUAUUUUCACCUGCAUCCUAAUAUUAAAAUUUUUGGUGGUUGGUCUUCGAUAAUGUAGCACAUUUUCAACUAGAGUAGUUAGAAUCGCGCAACACUUUUCUCUUAGCAAGAAAAUGAAGAAAACUACAAACAAUCUCAAAACAACAAUUAAAGAGCGUAAAUAUGAAUGUACCAUAUGCAUAAAAAACUUCUUAAGCUCAAACGAUUUACGUAAACACGUCAGAGUUCACACCGACGAAAGGCCAUAUAUCUGCAACGAAUGUCAGCAGGCUUUCCGCCAAGCAGUUACUCUAAAAAACCACAUACUAUCGAAACACUGUAAACUGAAUGGCUUUUUUCAUUGCGAUAUUUGCAGUCGUAGUUUUGCCCUAAAAGGACGCUUAAAACUGCACAUGCGCACCCACACAGGAGAAAAGCCUUAUUCCUGCGAACAUUGCUCAAAGACCUUUGCUAGAAAAGGCCAACUACAGCAACACAUGCGUGUUCACGACCAAAAAAAACCUUUCACCUGUGACGUAUGCAAAAUGUCCUACACGUGCUCGCAAAACUUAAGAUUACACAGAAACAAGCAUUUCGAUGUGAAACCGUACACUUGCGAUUUGUGUGGUAAAUGUUUCACUAGACGUGACGCUUUGUUGAAACAUUUAAGAAACACGCACGAAAACAUUAAAGCGUUUUGCUGCCCAAUUUGCCACAAGUACUUCAAAGGACACCUUCCUCAGCAUUUAAGAACGCAUACGAGAACUAAACCGCACGCUUGCGCUCACUGUGAAAAAUCCUUCGCGCAAAGAUCUCAAUUGGUUGUGCACCAAAGAAUUCAUUCGGGAGAACGACCUUAUCGAUGUAGGGUUUGUUGGAAAGCUUUUGCACAUUCAACGGCAUUAAAUCUUCACAAACGACAACACACCGGCGAGAAACCUUAUACUUGCAUGGAGUGCAAGCGUGGGUUCAAUCAAAUUCCACACUUAAAAAAGCACAUGUUGCGCAAGCACAACAUGGAUAAAGUUUUUAAUUGCGAAUGGUGUAAAGAGUAUUUUAAGUCCAAAAGAGAGCUUCAAGAACACGAAGAGUUGCCUUGCAAAAAAAAACCUUUGAAUCAGGAAAUCAAAGACGAAAUUCAACCGAUGACUUUGCCCAAAAUGAGAUUCUUAUUAGCGAUUUUGUUGAAAAGGAUUUCAACUAGAGAACGUUUGUCCGAAUUGGGUUUUAACAAAAAGCUUAUUGAUGAGGUUUUAGAGUCUUCGAUAAUUCAUUCGAAACGGUUACCAUGUGUUGAUGAAAGUCUUAGCAUAGCUGCUAGGUUGAAGAAUAAUAUUAGAAUAUUGCUAGAUUGGACUGUGCCUGAUGAGUUUAUGAAGAAAUAUAAAAUUGAGCAAAGAUCGGUUGAGGAAUUGUUGGAAGAAUUAACAUCGUAAAUUGAUCUUAGAAAACUUCACUUCUUUAAAUGACUUAAUAGAAAUUUGUUAAGUCAAGUAGAAUUAUUGGGAACAAGGGUCAGUUUAGAGUAAAUAUUGCAUGUAGAAACAGUGUAUUCUAUUGUCUAUUAUUAAUUCUCAAAUGUUUUAUAUGCGAUUUUUUUUUACUAUGCAUUCAAAUUUGAUAGUUGCUAGAUUCAUGAGAAGAAUUUUAGAAAAAGAAAACAAAUUUUAGUAUAUUAGGAUCUGAAUGUAGGUACUUUGGACUGUGAUCUUAUUUACGCCCAAAGAUUGCACCAAUCUUGCCAUGUUACGUUACUUACCAAAAAAAUAUAUAUUAAGUUUGAUCUUGUGUCAUUUUGCACCAAUCUUGCCAUGUUGCCAAAAAAAAUAUGUAAGUACCUAUAUUAAGUUUGAUUUUGUGUAAUUUGAUUUUAGAUGCCAAAUACCUAUUUUCCAAUAUUAGUAGUUUUUACCAACUAGGCAAUUUAGUUACCAAAGUUUAGCUUUUCAUAAAUUUAUAUCGUUC